CAGUCACACGUAGCUUUCUUUGUUUCUUCUCUUUGGUUGCACCAUAUUAUUCUUUUGUGCUAAAUCACCUCCCUCAAUCUCGCAGCAUCACACCACAAAUUUCGCUGUCCACAAGUGGAGCGUCAAUUUUCCCCAAUGAAUUUCGAUUGAGAAAUUCUAAUACAACUUUGCUUAGGAUUGAGAAAGGAAAGAAGUAGAAAGAAUUAACCCCAGAAGUUGAUUGAAUUGAUGGGCACCAGAAACUUUCUCGUCAUCAAAACCCAUUUGGAUUUGCUUCAUAAGCGUCUCUUAAACAGGGUUGCGUACGGAAAUAUGGUUGGGGUUGUUGGUUCCAUCUGGGUUUUUGUUUGGGAUUAUUUAUAUUUUGUUUUUGGUUUCAUUGCUAGAUAUCUUUUCAGAUUGGAGGCAAAUGAUGAGAAGAACAAGGGUGAUCUUAAGUGUGCAGAUAUUGAUGUGUUCGGAGAAAAAGAGGUUGAUUUUCAUGUCCAGAACAGGUCAAAAGAUGAUCAUGAUGAAAGCGAAGAAGUUAGUAAGGAUUGUGAUGUUUUGGAGAGUUCCUCAGGUACAAACACAACAAACAAGUAUGAGUUCUUUUCUUCAAUGGACAUCAAUGGCUUCUUGGAAGAGCCUAAAGCUCUGAGCUUCACCGUUCAAGAACUCUACUUGGGCUCCAACGAGUUUAGUACUAUUUUUCCUGAUUACCAAAUUCCCAAAAACCAAUUCUCUUCCGAGGAGGAUUUUCUCUCUUCAAAUUCAGAAGCAGAGGAAGCUGUUGGUGUUGAAGAAUCAGAGGAUGUGAAACUAGUGAAGGAAUUACCCGAAAUUGAAACUUCGAGUAUCAAAGAAGUCUUAGAGAAACAAGAAGAAGAAGAAGAGCAACAGAAGGAAUUAUCCAAAACCGAAACUUUGAGUAUUGAAGAAGACUUAGACAAACAACAAGAAGAACAAGAGAAGGAAUUAUCCAAAACCGAAACUUCGAGUAUUAAAGAAGUCUUGGCCAAAGGAGGAGAAGACGAAAAUUCUCCUGAAACCGAGCUUUCUGAAAUGGAUCAUGAUUUCUCCAAAGAUAUCGAAUCAUUUUCGGAAACUCACUCCUCACCUUCUUCUGAUGCAAAACCAGUACCUAAUAAUAUUUCAGGUGAUGUGUCAUCAAGUGAUGAAGAAACGUUUAUUAUUCAUUCCAAUAUCAAUUAUGAAUUUGAAGACUUUAAGCCUGUAAACAACAUUCAGGCCAUUGAAGAAAAUGAGAAGAAAUUAGGGAAUGUUGAGGGAUUUCUUUCAAAAGAACACACAGAUUUUGAUGAUGAGGAGGAAUACAUAGAAUUAGAACCCCGUGAUGCAAAAAGUCCGAAAUCUUUCUCAGCGGAAAAAUGUUCUGUAAAAUUUGAGGACCAAUAUGAAGAAAAAGAAAAAGAAGAGAGCGUGAAUUGUGAAGGUAAGAAGCUGGAGUUUGCUUGGGAACAUGAGGAUAUAAUAGAACAGCUCAAAUGGGAACUGAGGAAUGCUAGAACUGGAGGACUGCCCACCAUUUUCGAAGAGGAAUCGGAUUUGGAAUCGCCGAAGAAAGAAGAUGAUCAUCGUGUGAAUUUGAAGCCCAUGAAGAUUGAGUUGAAGUUUGGUUACAAAGAUCGGAUUGAAGAGAUCCAGAAAGUGUACAGAAUGUAUGCAGAAAAGAUGAGGAAACUUGACAUCUUGAAUAACCAGACCAUGCAUGCAAUUGGUUUUCUGCAGCUGAAAGACCAAUUCAAAUCAAUACCAAAUCAAAAACCUACUGUUCCAAUUAUUAAGAGCUUACUACCACGCAAACUACGAAAAGAAGGUGACUCAAUUCUUAAAUACACUGGAAAGUUGCAAGACGACUUUGAAUUGGUGUAUGUAGGACAAGUUUGCCUGUCUUGGGAAAUCCUUCAUUGGCAGCACAGGAAAAUCCAAGACUUAUUCCAAAACGACGACGCUCGAGGCUCUCAUCAGUACAACAUAGUCGCCUCCGACUUUCAGCUUUUUCAAGUGCUACUUCAGCGAUUCGUAGAGGAUGAAUCAUUUCAAGGACCAAGAGUUCAAAACUACGUUAAGAAUCGAUGUGUUAUUCGUAGCCUCAUGCAAGUUCCCGCCAUAAAAGAUGAUUGUGUGAAGGAUAAGAAGUACUUAAUGGAAGGGAAUGAAGAUGCAAUUUUUUGUGAGACUUUGGAAAAAAUCAUUGUGGAAGCAAUGUUUACAUUCUGGGAAUUUCUUCGGAAAGACGAAAAGAGCAAUAACUUAAAGUUUGCUCAACAAACUGCGACUGACCCCGUUGACUCUAAGCUUCUGAUGGGCAUAAAGAAAGAAUUUCAAAAGAAAGAGAGAAAGGUUAAGGACAUACAGAGGAGUGGGAAUUGUGUGGUGAAGAAGCUCCAAAAGCAGCAAGGAGGCGGGCUUCAACACGCAUUGUUUUUGGCUCAAGUUGAGUUGAGACUUGUUUCAAGAGUGCUAAGUAUGUCAAGAUUAACUAGAGAUCAGUUAAUUUGGUGUCAGCAAAAACUAAACCAGAUCGGUUUCGUUAACAGAAAGGUUCACAUGGAAGCUUCGUUUUUGCUUUUUCCAUGUUGACAUUGUAACUAAUAUUCUGCCUCGGUAUUUAAUUUGCUCAAUACAGAAAUAAUAACAUUAGGUUUUGGAUAUAGCA